GGUGCCUCUGCUCUCCAACGGAGGCGCUGUUGCUUCCCCUCGCCGGGCGGACUCCAUUGCCGCUAGCUUCCACCGCCUCGGCCGGGAAGGAGACAUCAUGGCCUGGCGGCGAGUCGAGCUGGGCUUCGCGGAGGAGGCGGCGGCCUGGCGGCUGCGCAGCGAGCAGUUCCCUUGCAAAGUGGGCGGCAGGCCGGCGUGGCUGGGCGAGGCGGGCUUGCCGGGCCCCGCCGAGCUGCAGUGCGGCGCGUGCGGGGAGCCGCGCGCCUUCCUGCUGCAGCUCUACGCGCCUCGGCCGGGCCGGCCCGACGCCUUCCACAGGAGCCUCUUCCUCUUCGGCUGCCGCCGGCCCGCCUGCUACCGCCUCGCCGGCCCCUCCCCGGGCUGCUUGAGAGGUGAGGGGCGCGGGCAGAGAGGGGCCUCGGUCGGGUCUGCUGUGGGCGUCAAGGCAUGCAUGAGGCAGAUGCUGGAAGUCCUAAGUCCCCUCCCCUUAAACCCAGCGGUGCAAGUUAGGACUGCAGCUGAAGCCCUCAAGGCCCGACUGGGGAACCUGCGGUUGUCAGCAGCCCCGGCCAGCAUGGCCAAUGGUUAGGGGUGAUAGGAGUUAUUGGAUGGACCGGCUGUUUCCCUGGGCUCUUUGUUGUUUGUGCCUAUUAAAAUUUGGGCCCUUCCAUUGAGGAAGACGGAAUGUUGUCCUAGUCCAGUGGUUCCCAACCUUUUUUGGGCCAUGCCUCACCUAAGCAUCUCUGAAAUCCUGAUGCACCCCCACCCCCCGCGACAUAAUUCUUAUUAUUCAAAAAGUGAACUCCUAUUCACGUGGAGGAAGCCGAAAAGGCCAUUCAUUGUUAAUAACUCAUUUUUGAAUUGCCCCCCCUUAAAAAUCAAAUUGCCCCUCAAUGGUGCGUGUGCCCCACAUUGGGAACCACAGCUCUAGCCAAAGGCAAAUCACUGGCCCAUCUAGCUUGUAUCAUAUACAGGGGAUGGCAGUGGCUCCCCUGGGUUUCAGACAGGGGUUUUCUUCCCUACCUUUACCUGGAGAUGAUGGGGAUCGAACAUGGGGGAAGCAGAUACUGUACAGCCCAUUUCAAAUAAAAAUGCAGCUUUCUUUGCCCAGCUCCCUGCUGCUGAGCUCCCUGUGUAGGAGUUUGCUUAUAUUUGCUUAUUCAAGGCAUCUUCAGUCCUACCACUUGUCAGGAUACAGAUGUGUGAUAACGUCUGCAUUGGCUCACAUCCUGUGCACCCUGAUUCAUAUUUGUCAGGUGUAUCCUUACAGGUUUGCUUCUGCCUUGCGGCACAUCUGGUAAAGAGGUGGGAUGUAAAUAUUUCCACUAAAUAAACGCAAAUGUAUCUUAGGUACACAGCUAAAAAUUUAGUUUUAUUUAUUUCUACUAUUUAUAGACUGCUAUUCACCACAGAUGUUCACAAGGCAGUCUACACAACAGUCAAUAAAACAAUCCAUCGAUCAAAAUAAAUCAGUGUUUAAAACAAAGAAAAAAGCACAGGUAAAGUUCAAUAAACAGGCAUAAUACAACUUACUUAAAUAGAAUGCUGUGAAGGAGUUCUAAAACUGGAAGUCCAAAAAUAAUAAACAAAGCCAGCUUAUAACUUUAUAAUAGAAUUUGAAAAUGGGGGGGGGGGGAGAGACUUGUCAGUGGCUUCAAUCUUGUGCUCAGGAACAUGUCAUGUUGGCCCCACUGAAAUCCGUAGUAUCUUUGUGUGAGUAACCAACUGCAAGAUUACAGCAUAGAAAUGAUGAACGGAUACAGUGUAUGUCAUUUGGUAGAGUUUUCUUAAAAAUAAAGGGAGUCAGGCAAUCUUUUUUUUCACCAACAACCCAUGUCAGCAGUUAAAUAUCAUAUGGGAAUGUUUCUUCCCUUUCCUUAAAGUGCUGCCCUUGUAGAUGCAUUAGAGAGCAUCUCAGAGCACCAUAAAUCGCCAUGUUUGAAUUAAAUGUCAAAAUAAAAAAACUGGUGAAGUGGAGCUAAGGAAAGGGAGGUAUUUUCUGGUACUUCUUGGCUGGCUUUGAUAUUGACAAGAACAGCCCUUUUAAAAUGCGAGACAACCAACCAACCUCUGAGAUCCUAAACUGACAGUGUUUGCCUUGCUCUUGAUACUUUCAUGGCAUAACUGGUCUGUUGAACGGAGCAAUUAAAGCAUCAAAAACGGAUUUAAGAAAACAUUAGCAGUGUGAGUCUUACCUCAGAUGGUGGCUAGAAAUUUUUCAGGUACUAACUGAAAUGUGUGGUACUAUUAAACUAGAAUUGGAGCGUGUGUAGUUUGACACUGCUGAGAAGUGAAUUUUCUCUCAGAUUAUAUACAUGCCGUGCAUGCUGUUAUACCACACUCAAAUGCUGCCAAUAUUACAAAAUUAGUGGAUCUCUCCCUCCCUUAAGGAGCUUUGGAUCCUUUGGAAUAAGAGGUCUCUCCUCCGGUAAAGAUUAAGGAGAAGUGUAGCAACUUGUAUAGUUUCUGACAUAGCCAGGUCAGAGAGAGCAAACAAAAAAUAUAUAUCCAUACUGUUGCUUUCAGAUAGUUAAUAAUUUUUUUCUAUUUUCAAGUUUUUAGGAAUCAAUUACCAAGGAAGAAUGACACCUACUCUUAUGAUCCACCACGGGAAGAGCCACCCCACGAAGAGCCAAUUUGUGCAAAUCUACAGCUAAAAUGUGGGACGAAGCUGUGCCGAGUCUGUGGGUGUUUAGGAAGCAAAACAUGCUCCAAAUGCCACAAGGCUCAUUACUGUAGCAAGGACCAUCAAGUUAAGGACUGGAAAGCAGGGCAUAAGCUUUCAUGCUUGCAGUCUGGUAAGCAAUUUGAAACUCUAGAAAUUUGCAUUGAUUUAGAGGAGGGUCUCCAUCAGUUGAAGAUCGGCUUUGAUUACUUCAGAAUUAAGCAGUCCAAGAAGAAUUGUUAUAAUUGGGGAGAGCAGGGGGGGGUGCAAUCACAAUGUUUCAGGGUAGGGGGAGGUAUGGGAGGUGGGGGCAGGCCGCGGAAGGGGCACACGGCCUAGGUACUUAGUGAUUGUGCUGUGUGCCAGCCUGUCCUCCAAUCUGAGGUAUUGCAGUCAUCCUGUUAGCCAGCCCUUCGGUCCCCGGCUGCUGCCCUGAAUGCCAAGUUAGCUCUGAGGAAGACCUCCCUUAUCCUAUUCUGGAUGAGGAGGCUGAUCUGGUCUAUAUUACUGAUACCUUGGUGGCUGAGCAAGGUGUGGUUGGUCUUACUCAGCUGUGUCCACCAGAGUAUUUGGAACAGCAUCAGGGCAGACCUGAGGGUCAGGGAGGGGGUACUGUUGUGAUCUAUAGAAAUUAGCUCUUUCCAGGCUCUCUGUCUAUUUGGGGGCAGGAGAACUAGAGGGCAUGUUCUUGGCAUUGGGCAAUUGGGACAGAUUUGGCAUUCUGCUGGUUUACCGUCCACCUAGCUCCACAGCAGUUUGCCUGCCUAGGCUGACAGAGCUAGUCUCAGGUGGUGUUGAAGGCUUACAGACUGCUGGUUUGGGGGGAUUUCAACAUCCAUGAUGAGGUGAAUGGCUCUACGGUGGCUCAGGGCUUCAUAGCGGCCAUGGAGCUGUUCCAAUAUGUUAUUGGCCCAACACAUGUGGCAGGCCACGCUCGGGACCUUGUGAAGAGGGUUAUCUGAAAGUGGAGGUUAUUGGCAUCAGUCUCUGGUCAUGGUCUAAUCAUUUCCUAUUGAGAUUUAGACUUUUAGCACCUUUUUUCUCUCUGCAGAGGCUGGGUAUCUAUUAGGAUUGUCUGCCCUUGGCGGCUGAUGAAUCCAAUGGAUUUCUAAAACUGCUCUGGGAAUUUUUUUGGCUGAUAUAACUGGUGCUCAUAUCAAAGCCCUGGCCAGUCUCUGGAAUAUCCUAAUAGCCAUUGACAUGAUUGCCCUUCAGCACCCUCUCCCAUUUUGUGGAGCCCAUUUGGCUUCCUGGUACAGUGGAACCUUGGGUUUCGAACGCGCCUUGGAAGUCCAACGGCUUCCGAGGCGCAUUUCUCCAUUUUCUCAAUGGAAUUUACCGACCACCCAUUGCACCUUGGUUGUCAAACGUUUUGGAAGUUGAACGGUCUUAUUACAUUCGACAACCGAGGUACCACUCCAUAGCUUAGGAUGAGGAAGCAAGCUGGGAGACAGCUCAAACGCAAGUGGAGCAAAACUCCAGUCAAAUGCAAUCAAACGCUAGUGAGGCCUCAUCAUCAAGCCUACCAAAUGGCAGUGAAGGCAGCAAAGAAGGUAUACUUUGCUGCCUCCACUGCAUCCUCAUUGUGUCAUCCAACAGAGCUUUCCUGGGUAGUGCAAGGCCUUUUACAGUCUGGCCUGAAGGAGGUGACACAGUAGUCGUUGUUGUUGUUAUUCACCUACAAAUUCUAAAACAUCAUAUCCUCUAUUAUAUUCAGAAAUUUUUGCCAAAAUAGUUUUUACAUAUUUUCUGGCGUUGCUGCAAAGUCCACUUUUGGUCUUUGACAUCUCCAGCAGCACAAGUUUCUUUUUAAAGCAAAGUUGCAGUGCCUCAAUUUCUUUAAAAUCCUGUUUGUCUCUGUGAGUAGAAUGACAUAAAAACUCUACAGUAAUGCUAGAGGUGUUACUGUUGAAUUUGGGGACAUUUCUGCUUCUAGAGACAAGCAGGGUUUUUAAAGAAAUCAAAAAAUUGAGACACUGCAGCUUUGUAUAAAACAAUGGUGCCUUCUGCUCUGGCUUUAUUCUGCUGGCCAUUUCAUUCUAUAUUUGUCUUUGCUAGUUUUAAAGUUUGCCCCCCAACCCCAAGAAAUCAUUUGAAAAUAGACUGAUAUACAAAAUAGAAUAGGGAAGACUGAUCAAAAUAAUUUUGGGUUCUUGUUUUGUAGGUGAGCUGGAUGUUGUUAUUCCAGAUCAUAAAUUUCUUUUCCCCGAGUAUGAAAUUGUGAUAGAGCCUGAAGAAACUGACUCCUCCAAUGUCAGUGAAGCAGAAGAGGAAGAUCAGGACAAAAAAGAAUUGACACCUGCCGCCAAUACAGGUAAGGAGUAUGAAUAAAUUUCCUUGCUGCAAGACCUAUUUUUAAAUUAUACUACAGUUGUACCUUGGAAGCCGAACUUCUGGAAGUCCGUUCGACUUCCAAAGCGUUUGAAAAACAAAACGCGGCUUCUGAUUGGCUGCAGGAAGCUCUAGUCAUCAGGAAACGUUUGACAAACAAAGGAAUGCAUAGUAUAAAAGUAACACAGAUUAACAAUAAACAAAAAGUACAUAAACUUGAAAAAGAUUACAUGCAUAAUCUCCCUGGCAAGACACAGCCUUUUCUUUUAAAAACAUUUCACAAAAAGGAAUAUUUUAAACAAGUUACACUAUGAAAAUCAGACUCUUCAUCUUAACAUACUUUGUUCUAAUUUCUCAUGCAAACCUCCUGAAGAUUUUACUUUUGCUUAUUAAAACUAUAGUAUUGCUGAUUUUAACACUAUAAAGUUUUAAUCUGUUUGGGUUUUAGAUGAAGCACCAGAUUCUCUAGAUGAGACUUCAUUGGAAGCAAUGGCAAAACACGAAACCCAAGAUGACAAGAUUUUUCAGAAGUUUAAAGAGAAAAUUUCUUCGGAACCAGAACAGGUUUUGAAAUGCAUUUUUCUGUGGCUCCCUCUAUUUUUUUUAAUAUGAGUUCAAUAGUAAUGCCCGUUUGUCAUUUGUUACUUAGCCUAGAAUCCUGUCAGUGUUGCUUAAUUUUCUAACCACUAGGUCUUCAUGCCACUAAAGUACUAAAAUAUGUGGUGAAGAUCAGAAAUCUGGCCCAAAUGAAAUCUUAGAAGUAAUAGGGGAAUCAGGUAGUGGCACCGCUUAGGGUGGCUACCUAAGAGAAAUGGUAAUAUUGUUUUACAUUAAAAAAAACACACUUAAAUGAUAAAAUUGGCAGAAGUGGAGAGCUCGCCCAUGCGCUGGGCAUGAUAAUAGCUCUCUCCUGCUGUUAUAUACAGUGGUACCUUGGUUUGCAUACGUUUUGGAUUACAAACACGUCAAACCCAGAAGUGCGUGUCCCGGUUUGCAACCUUUCUUUGGAUUCCACCCAUUAUUAUUUUUUGGAUUAUGAACAAAAAUUUUUUUGGAGGCCCCAUUGGCGAAAUCGCGCCUUGGGUUACAACCUGUUUUGGUUUUACAAAUGGGCGUCCAGAACAGAUUAUGGUUGUAAACCAAGGUACCACUGUAUAGCAUAUCCAACUAGUUCUUUUUUAGUUAAAUUAUGUGCUGUGUGAUGAAGUACUUCUGUUUGUGUCUUACCAUUCAGCUUCAUUGAAUGAAGUUCUAGUAUCACAAGAGAUGGAGAAAGAUGUCUUGAUCCAGUUCUUUCACACUAUGCAUGUUUUACACCAUAUCAUGUUCCCUCGCCCUACUCAUUUUUUCUAAUGUAAAAAGAGCCAACUCUGUAACUUUUCCUUAUAGUGGAACUGCUACAGUUCUCUGACAGUUUUUGGUUACUCCUACAUUUAUUAAUAAUCAUCAUCUUACAUUUCUCCUUUUUCUUCCUGACAGAGGCAUACGUGUGCCUCCCAAUCUCUUUCUGAGAUGCAACAAACAGAACUGUAUGGUUCUCAAAAUGUGGUUGCAGCCAGAUUUCUAUAAAGGCAUUGUGAUAUUAGAUUUGUUUUCAGAAUUCUUUCCUAAGGCUCCCUACCGUGGUAUUUGCCUUUUUUUAACAGCUGCCACACACAUUUUUAUUGAGCUACCUACCAUGACGCCUUUCCUGGUCAGUCACUGUCAGCUCACAACACAUCAUCAGUGUAAAGUAAGGAUUUUUUUGCUCUAGUGUUCAUCAUUGUUCACCAAACCGCAUUUGCCACUUUAUUUCCCAUUCAUCUGGUUUGGAGAUCCUUUUCAAGCUGUUCAAUCCCUUUUUGUUUUUACCAACCGGAAUAAUUUGGUCAGCAAGCAUAGCCACUUCACUGCCCCUGAAAAAUUAUGAACAGGCACAGGUUCCAACUUUGAUCCUUCUGGCGGUUCCCUCACUGCAAGAAGCCAAGUUACAGGGAACCAGGCAGAGGACCUUCUUGGUAGUGGUGCCCGCCCUGUGGAAUGCCCUCCCAUCAGAUGUCAAGGAAAUAAGCAACUAUCUUACUUUUAAAAGACAUCUGAAGGCAGCCCUGUUUUUAAUGUCUGAUGUUUUAAUGUAUUUUUAAUCUUUUAUUGGAAGCCGUCCAGAGUGGCUGGGGAAACCCAGCCAGUAUUAUUAUUAUUAGGACCUCACUUCUUACAUCCCUUUAUUGUGCAACUUGUUGCUUAUUCCUUCUGCUACCCUUUCUUUAACUUUUUAUUGAUCCAGAGGAGGAUGUCAUUUAGAACCUUUGACUAGAAACCAUUCAGACCUUGUGGUUUUUAAUUUCUUGAGAAGGAAGUCUUGGAAGUUCACCUCUUGUCACUAGUUGCCUCUGUCCCAAGUCUUCCACAGUGAAGACACAUUAAUUAACUUUUCAGCAAUCUCCUUAAAACCCUUGUUAUUAUUGGUUCAAUUGCCUCCAUAGCUGGUUGCCUGUAUUUGACAUAUUUAUACUUUAAUCAGUGGUUUCAGCAGUAUGCUUCCUUUUCAUCUCUUACUGUUUUGUAAGGAUGUUCUUAUUUGAGUAAGACUUCCAUUUUCUGAAGUCUCUGAUACUUAGCAUCCUGAAAUAAAGCAAGGAUUGGUUCUAGAGGUUGUAGAGCAAACAAGCUAACAUGAUUGCCAUGGAGGCACAAGAUUUGAGUGGGGUGACCAGCAGCACAGCAUUGUUUCACAGAAGGGAUGACAUAUAUAUUUCAUUUUCAUUCAUAACCUUUUGCUCCAAUUCAGAGAAGUUAAAUUGCACUUACUGACAUUGAUAUUAAUGGAGCUUGAAUUCAGGUUUCAUUAAUUUUAAAGGGACUGAAGUCUUGGAGCCUUUCCAUGUAAUUUAAAACUCCAUCUGUGAUCUCUCUUAAUCUCAGAUUAUCAGAUACUGUAGAGAUGGAGAAGGCCCACUCUGGAUUUCUGCAGAAAACAUUCCUCAGGAGACGGACAUCCCCAACUGUUUAUGUGGUAGUAAAAGAGUAUUUGAAUUCCAGGUAUGGAAAUCUGGUUAAAUUGUGUGUAAUAAGUGUGUGUGUGUGUGUGUGUAAUAUAUAUAUAUAUAUAUAUAUAUAUAUGCGCGCGCAUGCAGCAGAGAAGAAUUUUAGGGAUGAAUUCUUAGUUCUGCUUAAAUUUUCUUUCAAUCCUUGCCAAGGUCUGUGUAGCCUGAAUUGUGGGAAGUCAGGAGUUCAGUAAUACACAUUUUUGGAACUAUAGUUUACUUAAAUUAAAAAUGGGUUGUUGACUAGAACGUAAAGGUAAAGGGACCCCUGACCAUUAGGUCCAGUCGUGGCCGACUCUGGGGUUGCGACGCUCAUCUUGCUUUAUUGGCCAAGUGCUAAAUAAACUUUUUAGGACAGGUAAUCGCUGCAAAUUUUCUACAGAUUUUGCUGAAGUAUUUGAAUGGUGCUAUUUUUUUCUUUCCCCCCCACCCCAACUAAUCCUGUUGCUUUUGCGGGGGCUGGAAGCUAAGAUUUGAAGACUAUAAAGAAUUGAUCACUGUGCCUUCUAAACUAUGUAGUACAGAAAAAGUACUAUGUAGCUUAAAAGGUAACUUAACAUUUCUGUUGUGUUUUGUUUAAGAUUAUGCCGCAACUUCUGAAUCACCUAAAAGUUGACAGCCUUGGAGAAAGCAUCGACUGGGGAACACUAGCUAUUUAUACGUGUGCCGACAGCUGUAAUAGAGGCAACCACUAUACCGAAGAAUUUGUCUGGAAGCAAGAUAUUUCUAGCACUAUUUAAUAUCUACAAAAUUUAAAUGGCAGGACAUUUAACUCUGCAUCAUUAAAAUAUCUCACUUUAUAACU